AGAUCGUCACGCAAAGUGGGGUACGUCACUGCAUGGCCAUAGGUAACACAAUCUCUUCGCUCGCACGCUUUUGAACACACCUUCGACAUAACGACCAGCUCGAAAGAUGAAGCAUCUUCACACGCUAGUGGCUCUGAGUGCGCUGUUCCAUACGGCACUUACAACCGCGCUCCCCAGCACCUAUCUGGUCUCCAAGCCUUCUCCAUUGUCAUGGGAUCUGAAGCCAACGAAUUCUACUAAACAAUUUCGCGGCCUCUAUCCUGUAUCAAAAGACGUCGUGUGGGUUGCGGGCACACAAAGUACUGUUCUCCUUACUACCGACAGUGGUAGAACCUGGUCCAAUGUUUCGCCGUCUCUGUAUCCGGAGAACUCGACCACAUUCCAAUUCCGCGAUGUUCAUGCCUUCUCUGAGAAGUCGGCAGUUGUCUUGUCGAUUGGCGAAGGCAAUGCAAGCCGCAUCUACCAGACACGGGAUGGCGGCCGAACCUGGAAACCGACCUUUAUCAACACUGAACCAACUGCCUUCUACGACUGCAUGGCCUUUGAGAACAAGAAACACGGGCUUGCGAUGAGUGAUCCUGUUGAUGGCAAGUUCAGGUUGAUCGAGACCUGGGACGGCGGUGCGACUUGGAAGAUCGUUCCCUCAGACGAUAUGCCUGCCGCAUUAACUGGCGAGUUUGGAUUCGCAGCGAGCGGGACCUGUAUUGAAGCUGCUGCUGGACGUUGGUAUAUUGCUUCUGGCGGAGUUGACCCAGGCCGUAUUUUUCGAAGCGAUGACGGACAUCGGUGGAAGGUCAGCAACGGCUCAAUUGCGGGCGGUGCUGCAGCUGGCGUGUUCUCAGUAAGAUUUAGGGACGAAAAGAAUGGUGUAGCUGUCGGUGGAGACUAUGAGAAGCCCGCGGGAAAUAUUGACAACGCUGUCUGGUCGAAGGACGGUGGGAAGACAUGGCACAAAGCCGAUAGUUUUCCCGGAGGGUACCGGUCUGGCGUCUCGUGGGUACCUGGACGAGCCCGCACCGCGGUAGCUGUGGGUACGUCAGGCUCAGACAUCACCUACGAUGGAGGCAAGAACUGGCAAGCAAUCGGCAAUGGCACGUUCGAUGCUGUAGAAUGCGUCAAUAAGAACACAUGUUGGGCUUCCGGAUCGGGUGGCCGAGUUGCUCGCUUGAAGCUUUCCUGAGCUUUGCCAAAUGUUGGAAGUGAGGACUCCCCUAGGAAACGGCUUCUUUGGAGAUCGCAAUGUCCCGGGUGUGUAGGUAGACAGUGAACAAAACGUUGUGUAUGUUACUGAGUGUGUUCUCUCCACCUACCCAUUUACCCGGGUACAUCUAGUACAAGCCUCGCAGUGGUGGACCAAACAGUAGGGGCGUUCGUGGCAAGGGGGCACUCCACUUAUCGAUACGCUACUCCAGGGUGACGAUUAAGGGAUAGAGUAACUGAUACUACACGCAGACAGGUAGAAUCCAGACUCAUGACUCUCGAGAUUGUGGUGGCACACCUCCCCAGGUAGGUGCGGAGGUCGGAAGGCGCGGAUCUGCAUGCCAGGGAUUCCAGUCGCUGAUUGUCAUUGCUUCAUGCUUUAUAAUAUGUAAUCACUGGUGACUUUGUGUAGGUAUCCGGGCCAGCGCAAUCAUCUCGAGGUGCGAGUCUGG